CCACCAGGCAAGACUUAAUGCUGGUGGCCUGUGUUGACUAAUGCUGCUGUCACUGGUAUCAAAGAGUGUUGCUGUACUAUACUGAGUGAUGUUGCUGGUGUCUAGAUGAAGAUAAGGGAUGGCCAACUGCCCACCAUACUAGUGGCGACGACCAUCACGCAGUACCUCGGCGCCCUGGUGCUCUUCAUCGCCUCCUGCGUGAAUGAUGUGCCCUCCGGCCUCCAGAAGCUGACACGAACAGAGAAUCCUAACCCAGAGCUGGACGCAUCGUUUCUGAACCGCCUGCUGUACGUGUAUGUGUUCCCUAUCAUCUGGCGGGGGUGGCGGCAGCCCCUAGCCACCCAGGACCUGCCUGACGCGCAGCCCAUAAACUCAGCAAGGGCGGUGUACAGCAAGUGGCGACGCGUGCUGGACGGCAGGAAGGAGCGGCACACUGGGCAGAACGCAAAGCUCAGUAACGAUGCCCCGACUGUGAGCGCGAAGACUGAGGCAAAGGUGUCCCUGGUGCGCACCAUCUGGCAGCUGAACAAGUCCUCCAUGGUGUUCAACCUCCUCCGGUGCUUCACCCAAGAGGCCAUCGCCUUCUUCAACCCCCUGCUGGUCGGGUGGUUGAUCACCUUCCUGGAAACGCCUGGGGAGCCGACCUGGCACGGCUACCUGUAUGCCAUGUGCCUCCUGGCCGUAGGCAUGACGCGUUCCUUCAUUAAAAGCGCUUACUUCAAUCACGUGUUCACGAACUCCGUCAGGAUAAGGACUGCCCUCAUGGCUGCCAUCUACAACAAGGCCCUUCACCUGUCGAGUGCCUCCCGCCGGGACUACACGGUGGGCAAGAUCGUUAACCUGAUGGCAGUGGACACACAGAUAAUCGGCGACGUGUACAUCUACCUUUACUACAUCAUCGUCGCACCCUUCUUAAUUAUCAUCUGCCUUGCCUAUAUCUGGACCCAGCUCGGCCCCUCAGCACUGGCAGGGCUCGUCGUGAUGGUGCUGCUCAUUCCCUUCAGCAACUUCCUCCAGAGCCGCAGCAAGAAGAUCAACGUAAAGGUGAUGGCGGUCACGGAUACGCGGGUCAAGGCCAUCAGUGAAAUCAUUAGCGGCAUCAAGGUGCUGAAACUGUACGCUUGGGAAACCUCAUUCACUGAUAACGUGAAGCACAUCAGAAAGAAGGAACUCCGACUCCUGAAGGAAUUGUCAGUACUGCGGUCGUUAAACUUGUUCCUGUUCUACACCACCCCUUUCCUCGUUGCGCUGGCCACCUUCACCUGCUACCUGCUGGUGUCUGAGGAGAACACGCUGAACCCACAAAAGGCCUUCAUCUGCCUGACGCUCUUCGAUCUCCUGAAGGUGUCGGUUUUAGUACUGCCCGAGAUCAUUUCCAGUUUAAUAUUGGGCGCCGUGUCCCUCAGGAGGAUAGAAACAUACCUCAACGUUGACGAACUUGACCCUCUUGCUGUCACUGCCAGCCCAGGUGAAGACACUGCUGUGAAGGUGGAGGGCGGCUGCUUUGCGUGGGAGGGCGACGAGGAGCAGGCGAGCUGGAGGCUGGAGGACAUCGAGCUGAGCAUCCCUCACGGUCGGCUGGUGGCCCUGGUGGGCACUGUUGGCGCGGGCAAAAGUUCCAUCCUGUCAGCCCUCCUUGGGGAGAUGAAGAAGGACGCCGGCAGAGUGGUGGUCAAUGGUAGUGUAGCCUACGUGCCACAAAUUCCAUGGGUCCAAAAUGCUACCCUGCGGGACAACAUCACGUGGGGACAACCUUACGACCCCGAGCGCUACUGGAAGGUGGUUCGCGCGUGUGCACUCCAGCAGGACCUUGAUAUGCUGCCCGCGGGUGACAUGACUGAGAUUGGCGAAAAUGGCAUCAACAUCAGCGGCGGACAGAAGCAGCGAGUGUCUCUCGCGCGGGCGGUCUACAGUGACGCCAGCAUCUUCCUGCUGGACGACCCUCUCAGUGCUGUGGAUGCGCAUGUGGGCAGGCACAUCUUUGACUAUGUGGUGGGGCCCAAUGGGUUGCUCAGAAACAAGACGCGCGUGCUGGUGACCCAUGCGGUGACCUUCCUGCCACAGGUGGACGAGGUGGCGGUGGUGGCAGAGGGGCGGCUGCGGGAGCGGGGGAGCUACGCCACACUGCUGGCUGCCGGGGGGGACUUUGCUAACUUCGUGGUGCAGCACAUCAAGAACCUGGAGGAGGAUGCCGAAGAGGAACUGGAGGUGUUGUGCCAGCAGCUGGAGGGCCUUGGCAGCAGAGUGAGCCUGUACCAGCAGCUCUCGGAAACCAGGCAGUCAAUGAAGAGUAAGGGAAGCACUACCAAGGAGCAAGGAGCCGUGGAAGUAAACCAGAAUCACAGCCACUUCCAGUCAAAUCCUACCCCACCAAAACGACUCAGCCACAGCAGGUGGUCGGUGGACAGCAGGCACAGCAACUCUCAGCACCAGCUCAACACUGCCAGCGACUCCAAUGUUACCAAUGGUUCCUCAACAUGUCUGAAGGGCAGCACCUCCUCCCCCAACAGACAUGCAGCCAAGGACAAACAUGAGCUUGAACCUCUUGCAGGAAGUUUUCAAGGACAGACAUUAGUUCAGGAGGAGACAUCUGAGGUUGGAAGGGUCUCUCACCACGUGUACUCUGUCUACGGGCGGGCCAUGGGACUGCUGCCCACCAUCACUGCUAUUGUCUGCAUGGCGCUGGCUCAGGCAAGCAGUGCUGGCAGCAGUGUGUGGCUGGCCCACUGGACCUCCUCCCAGCAGCCCCCCCACACAGACACCACCAGUUUUACAGGCAGCACCAACUUUACAGAUGGCAUUAAUUUCACAGACAGCACCAGCCUCACAAAGCAUGCAAACCUUGAAUAUAGCACAAACAUUACAGACCUUAUCAGCUCAGCAGACAGUAUAAACAUCACAGACAUAACUUUCCUAGAUGGAAGGAACCUCACAGGCAGCACUGGCUUCACAGAGAGCAAACCAGUGGACAAGGAUGUCUUCCUCGCUGUGUAUGGUGUCUUGGCAAUUUCACAAUCACUGCUCCUGCUCCUGGGCAUCCUGCUUAUUGUGAUGGGCACAAUCAGGGCAGCCAACUCUCUCCACGCUCGCCUCCUCAGCUCAGUGAUUCACUUUCCCAUGAGUUUCUUUGACACCAACCCCAGCGGCCGCAUCAUCAACCGCUUCAGCAAAGAGAUUGACAAGCUGGACAAAAUCCUUCCUGCGGUGCUGCAGAAUUUCUUAAUGACGCUGGUGCUGGUUCUGGCGACGCUGGUGGUGAUCAUGACGGCCACGCCCUCCAUAACCUAUCUUAUAGUGCCAACAAUGGUGGUCUUUAUUGCAAUCCAGCAGCUGUUUGUGGCCACCUCCAGGCAGGUCCAGCGCCUGGAGUCUGUCUCCAAGUCUCCCAUUUACUCUCACUUCAGCGAGUCUAUAAAUGGUGUUUCUGUGGUGCGGGCAUUCAAGAGGCAAAAUGAAUUCUUGUCUCAGUCUCUCCAGAAGAUUGACUUUUCUUUGAGAAGUAUCAUGACCAACAUCUCCAUUAACAGGUGGCUCGCUCUUCACCUGGAUGGCUUGAGUAACCUGAUCACCUUUUGCACCGCUUUGUUUGGCGUGAUAAACCAGGAAACUAUCAGUCCAGGUGCUGUCGGCCUCUCCGUCACUUAUGCCCUCAGCGUCACAUUGCUGUUCACUAUGCUUGUGCGCACCGUCUCGGAUCUGGAAACAAGCAUUGUAUCGGUGGAGAAGAUUUACGAGUACAUCCAAAUGCCUCAGGAAGCAGCAUGGAGGGUCAAAACAAACGUCCCCCCACCAGCAUGGCCCGAGGAAGGGGCUGUCGAGUUCAAGAAUUAUGAGACAUGUUACCGGCCGGGUCUCAGUCUAGUAUUGCAGGACAUUACUUGCUUCAUCAGGCCAGCAGAGAAGGUUGGCAUUGUGGGCAGGACAGGAGCCGGGAAGUCUUCUCUGACAAUGGCACUCUUUCGCAUCAUCGAGGCCUCAGGAGGGAAAAUAGACAUCGACAAGAAAACCAUCGCAACCAUUGGCCUGCACGACUUGCGGGGCCAAAUCAGCAUCAUUCCUCAGGAUGCUGUCCUCUUUAGUGGCACACUCCAGAUGAACCUGGACCCCCUCAGCCAACACUCAGACGCUGACCUGUGGCGAGCCCUCGAGCUGGCUCACCUCAGUGACUACAUCCGCCGGCAGGUGCUGGGGCUGCAACAUCCAGUGGACCAAGGUGGUUCAAACUUCAGUGCGGGCCAAAGGCAGCUGGUGUGCCUGGCCCGGGCGUUGCUUCGGCACUCCCAGGUGCUGGUGCUGGACGAGGCCACAGCAGCUGUUGACCUGGAAACUGAUGACCUCAUUCAGGCCACCAUCCGUACCCAGUUUGCAGAGUGCACCGUCAUCACCAUCGCCCACCGCCUCAACACCAUCAUGGACUCAGACAGAGUGAUGGUGCUUGAGGCUGGAAGGAUAGCAGAGUUUGAUGCCCCAGCAACUCUGCUGCAGCAGCCAAGUUCAGUUUUUUACAGCAUGGCUAAGGAUGCUGGCAUUGUGUGACUCAGACAUGAUUGCCCUGACCAGUGAACCCUACACUAUGGACCGGAAACUUGACCCAGCCCUGUCAUUAAGCCGUGAAUUUUGGAAAAUCAACCGCUUUGGUGCGAAUCGCCAUAACUCCCUUAUUUCUGGGGCUACAGAAAUGUUUUUGGUAUCGAUCGACGGCAAAAUGAAAGGGCUAUAUUUUUUAAUAAGCAACUGGGCUCAAAAAAAUGACUUGAAAGGGUAAAAAAUUUAAUAAAUUUACAAAAAAAACGACUGAAAUUUUUUUUUUUUUUGAGUUCCCAACCUUGAAACCCACUCAUUUUUUGAGAAUUUCAAAAAACUUAUUUAACAAAUAAUUUAGCCCUACCAAUGUGCUUUCCAAUAUGAUGCAUAACAUUUCCCUACUCCCAGUAGUUUCGUUGCUAGAGCUUGAAACGUAAACCCUUUUGAGAGCGAUUUUGACGAACUCCAGACACUGCCGUUUUUGUCUAGUGUGGCAUUGCUAUUGCCCCUAGAAGGCUGUAAUAUGGCAUGUUGCCGCUCUUGACAAAAAAAAAAAAAAAAAAAAAAUGUAAAGCACUAAAUAAAUAAAAAAAAGUUAUAAGCAAAAAACUAGGAUGUGUCCAAAUCACGGCAAAAGGGCCAAAAAACAGGCUAUUUUGUGACGGCUCUACGACAAACUUGGAAUCGAGCCAUCAAAAAAUCCUUCGAGAUGGUCAAACUACAUUGCCAAGAGGGGCUACUUGGUUAAUUACAGCCUUCUAGAGGCAAUAGCAAUGCCACACUAGACAAAAACGGCAAAGUGUCAGGAGUUCGUCAAAAUCGCUCUCAAAAGGGUUUACGCUUCGAGCUCUAGCGACGAAACUACUGGGAGUAGGGAAAUGUUAUGCACCAUAUUGGAAAGCACAUUGGCAGGGCCAAAUCAUUUGUUAAAUAAGUUUUUUGAAAUUCUCAAAAAAUGAGUGGGUUUCAAGGUUGGGAACCCAAAAAGUUUUUUUGAGUUGUUUUUUUGUGAAUUUAUUCGAUUUGUGACCCUUCCAAGUCAGUUUUCGAACCCGGUCGCUAAUUAAAAGAUAUAGCCCUUUCAUUUUGCCGUUGAUUGAUACCAAAAACUUUUCUGUAGCCCCAGAAAUAAGGGAGUUAUGGCAAUUCGCACCAAAGCAGUUGAUUUUCCAAAAUUCACGGCUUAAUGACAAGGCUGGGGUAAGUGUCCGUUCCAUAGUAUAGGGUUCACUGGAUUUAGUAAAGUACCAUGUGCUAGAAGUGGCGGAUACUUAACAACAAUCAAUUAAUUCUCUUCAUGAAUUAGCACUUCACAAACUAAACACUUCUUCCUGAAACUUUGCUGUACUAUUCAUUGCAUACAUUAAAGUCAAGGUAAAAGAUGCACCCAAUACAUAAAGCAGCUGAAUACUGACUUCACAAAUAAGGCGGAGGAGCUCUAAGUCACCUAUUAGCAAGAACCCUGUUACCUACACACUGUCAUUCCAGACAGCACUUGAGGGAGGCAGGCACCGCGAAUGUGUGAAUCAGACGAUGACUUUUGGAGCAAUCUUCUGACUAAGCUUCGAAGAUACCAGCCAGCCGCCGCCAUGGUCACCAACGAACAUUACUCUUGACCACCAAAACACAGCGGCUGCAUAAUAGCACACACAAGCGCAAUGUCUCCAUACAGUACGCAUCCUCCUCCAUGACAGAGGUGUUCUUGCAGAGGGAGGCGGGCACAGGCCGGACAACACGCUCCAAGGCUUCACGGCUCACUACCUAAAGACUCGUUCAGCCGCCCACAGGUGCUUCACUAGUAGAAUAAUAGAACAUGAUGGAUCUCUCUUUCUCUCUCUCUCACACAGAUACAAACGUAGAAGGAAUAGACAUUUUUAACCCCACCUGUUUAAUAAAAAGGCAACACCAUGAAAGAACGCCGACCACUCAUCCAUCGCCUCCCCCACCAAAAUACCAAUUGCCACUCAGCAUUUUUUACAAAAUUACACAUCCUCUCUCAAUUUUAGUUUAACCAAUUUUGACAAUAUUGAAGUGGCCACCAGUCUUCCCUUCACAUCAAUUGAUCACCAGUCUUCCCUUUACAUAGAUUAAUUACCUUGGAAUUAGAGUAAAUGUACUCAGUAUUACACUCUAAAAUCAAUGAUUACUCAUAAGUACAUUGGAGAAAACUAAGCUUAUAUUAAUCUAAGGAGGGAUUGUAUGAUACAAACAAAUAUAUGAUACAUCUGAACUAUUUUAUUAAACAACACAGUAAGGCAUGACACAGAUAUAAUUUUGACGAGAUUCAAGAACAACCUAUAACAGUUAUGAUGAUGCAUUAUGUAUAUCAUAUGAGCAUUAUCCAGAAGAGUGGCAAAACAAAAAUGCACAAGAUAGGAAUCUUAAAAUUAUAACCAAGAAAAAUGUUCUCUCCAUUAUCCCCUCUUGGGAAGAGAGGAUCAUAUUACAGGUUUAAUCUUUUUCAUUAUCAGAAAGGAAUAGAUAUGUCACAAGAAAAAAAUUAAAAAGGUAGUGUGGUCAAAUUAAAAGUAGGGAGCUAAAAAAUAAUGGCUGUGACGAAAUAAACCAACAGUAGCCGUUAGUGGGAAAAGUAGGAAAGAAUGGCCAAAAAGAUGGUUCAGUAUGAUGAAUGACUGUAUGUGCAAACUGAAGAUAAGGGAAGCAAGAAAGUGAGCACUUAUAAGGACAGGUGGAAGAAAUAAGGCAAAAGAAAUUAUAUAAUGAAUACAAGUAUUGGAUCGUUGUAUUAUUUCUAGAUGUCAGGAAAGCAGAGCGACCAGUUUCCUUCCCUGAUGUAGGUACUUUCCUUUAUUACUUUAUACUUUGCUUUUGACUCCCCAUCCUGAAUGCACAGGUAAUGAAUGGGGUGUAUUUUGAUUCCUUCCCUAAUAAUUUUAUAUGUGCUGCAGAAAUGAGAAAUUAUAUAAGUGUGAUUUAGGUAGUGUGCCAGCACACUACCUUGCAGUGGCUUUUUAGUUGGAGAUGCCUCAGUGGUGACAUGGUUAGCAUGCCUAGCUUGCAGUCCCAGAUUUGAAUCCCAGCUGGGCAGUUGGCAUACACCUCACCCAGCUGUUCAUCCUGCAUUUCAGGAACAUCAAUAAACAGGUACCUGGGGAAACCUGAGGAAGGCAAACUAUGGCAACCCACAAACACCUGCCCUAUAUUCCAAGGUGAUGGGUUCUCACCCACCACAGGUUAAGGAGCUGAUGCAACAGAGAUGAGCACCAAGGCCAUGUGCAGCUUUAUCUUUAAGACCAAGGCUAAUCAGUGCCUGACACAUUACCACCUUGACCUCAUUCAACUGGAAACUUGGUCACAACUACAUUUAUUAAUGGAUGAACUGUGGUAGGUCUGUGAAGAUUUUUGCACAAGAAAUCAGCCUAGUUGCCUCUGUCCAGGAUUUAAAUUCGACUUUUCAGAUCUGAUUAAAAAAUGUUUAGCACCACACCACCAUGCCAAUAACAAACAUUGUAAAGUACAAUUAUAAGGUAUGAGGCAAGUAUUAAGGCACAUUAAUAUUGGUCAUAGCAUGACAUGCUGCAGUUUAUGGAUUGUGUCUCAGUAAUAUGUUCUAUUGUUUAUAGAAAAAAAAGAUAAAUUGAUAAAUGAUAGGAAUCUAUUAUUUGAUAUUUCCAGCAAAUAAAUUAACUGCAGCAGACUAUGUGCAAAGUGUGUGUGUGUGUGUGUGUAAUAAAAAAUAUAUUUUACAAUGAGUAGCAUUGCUUAAGACUAAUCCUAUAAGACUUUGAGAAGCAUUACAUCAUGGACAGCACAGUACUGCAGAGCACAGAUAAUGCAUUUAUAUUUGCUAAAUGUUAUCUUGCAUAUAGACAAAGGCAGAUAGAAUACGUAAAAUGCUCCACUAGUUUUACUUAUAUCGAUAGAUAAAUUUGUAUGUAUAUGGAAAGGAAUAUAUAUAGAGAAAGUCUGUUUGAUGUGAGCUAUGAAGAGGAUAUUCCUUUAUAAUAUGAAGAUGUAAUAAUUGGUGUAAUAUCCCAACAUGCAGAUGAGGAUUCCAAAAAUCUUGAGUCAUGGGAUACCCUCUGGCUCAACACUACUGCCUUGAAUCUCAGGGACCCUGGUUCGAAUCCCCAGCAGGUUGUUGGGUAAGAUUUAUCCUUAUGAGUUAGUCAAUUUUUCAUGCAUUUUGAUAAGUUAAAACAUCCUCCAUGACACUGGUGACUAAAGUGGUGUUGUGUUUCUCUCUAUGUGAGGGGCAGCAAACAGCUUAUGUCUCUUGAGGUCUCAGGUCUCAUCAUCAAUGAAACUUAUGUAAAAAAAAACAGUAACUAUGAGAUUCAAUGCACAAAGAAAUUCAUCUAAACAGGAGAUGGGAAACCAUGUGAUGAGCUGGGACGUGGAUAAACUCCGAAGGCCUUAAGCCUUGAGGUACUCCCAUUUAGCUCAAGACUUGUGUCUACCUUCAUCUCGGGGGCCUGGGGAUCAGAUCCCAGGCAAAUUGAAUG